CCCUCCCUGUCCGGGCCUCGCGGCUCAGUACCGGGCGGGGCCAACCCUCUGACCCCCUGGGCCCCGCUGGGCGUCCGCCCUCCCGGCCCUUCCGGGAUCCCCGCCCCCGUAUUCCCUGGAGACCCGGGAGGGGCGCACGGGCCCUGAGGUCUCCGCCCUCUGGCCCCUAGCCCCUUGAGGCAGAGCCGACCAGCCCCUCCCCUAUUCCGGGCGGGGCCAGGGGGCAGGGCUUUUCCUAAGGGGCAAAGCCGAGGCAUCCCGAAUUGGGGCGGGCAGAGGACAGAGCGCUGGGUUAUUUAGGCUGGGGGGUGGGAGGAUUCCCAGGGUAUUGGGGUCAGGGUGGCAUUAGCCCAGCUCAAGCCGGGCUGGGCUGACUCAGCGUCCUGCCCCGGUCAACCCGUCCCUGACAGCUCUGCUCUCCCCUGGGCAGAGAUGGGAGAUGGCGCCCGUGCUGCCCCUGGCGCUGCCCCUCCAGCCCCGCAUCCGUCUGGCUCAGGGGCUCUGGCUCCUCUCCUGGGUACUGUCGCUGACCGGUGGUAUCACCCUCUUCUGUAGUGGGCACCUCCUGGUCCAGCUGUGGCACCUUGGCACCUUCUUGGCUUCCUCCUGCCCAUUCAUCGCCCUGCCCCAGGUUGCCCUGGCAGCUGGAGCGGUGGCUCUGGGUACAGGACUGGCGGGUGCAGGAGCCAGCAGAGCCAGUCUGGAUGCAGCUCAAUACCCUCCGUGGCGAAGGGUCCUGGGCCCCCUGCUGAUGGCUGGCACGGCAGGGGGCGGAGGGCUCCUGGUCCUUGCCUUGGGGCUAGCCCUGGCUUUACCUGGGAGUCUGAACUCUGGGCUGGAGGAGGGCCUGGGGUCUGCCAUGGCUCACUACAAGGACACAGAGGUGCCGGGACACUGUCAUGCCAAACGGCUGUUGGAUGAGCUGCAGCUGAGGCACCACUGCUGCGGUCGCCAUGGGUACAAGGAUUGGUUUGGGAUCCAGUGGGUGAGCAGCCGUUACCUGGAUCCCAAUGACCAGGACGUGGUUGACCGGAUCCAGAGCAACGUGGAAGGCCUAUAUCUGAUUGAUGGGGUCCCUUUCUCCUGCUGCAACCCACACUCACCCAGGCCUUGCCUGCAGAACCGGCUCUCAGACCCCCACGCCCACCCCCUCUUCAAUCCUCGUCAGCCCAACCUAAACCUCUGGGCCGAAGGAUGCCACGGGGUGCUGCUGGGACACCUGCAGGGGUUGGCAAGCACACUGGGCAGCAUACUGGCUGUCACCUUCCUACUGCAGACUCUGGUGCUUCUGGGCCUGCGGUACCUGCAAACGGCACUGGAGGGGCUCGGAGGAGUCAUCGAUGGGGAGGGAGAGACCCAGGGCUAUCUCUUCCCUGGUGGGCUGAGAGACAUGCUGAACACAGCAUGGCUGCAGGGAGGGGUUGCCCCCAGGCCAGCACCUGAGGAGGCCCCUCCAGAAGAGGAACCUCCUAAGGAGGAUCUACCUGAGGCCUAGUGGCCUAGAGCUUGGUGCAAGGGAAGGAGGAGUCCCUAGGAUUAGAGGGGUUAGGAUAGUCAGCGAGCUGGACUGGGUAGGAGAAAAAACCAAGGUUCCUAGGACCUAGCCCCUGUGGCCAGAACCGCUGGAGGACGAAAGAAGCAAGGUGAUGGGAAAGUGACCUUGGAAGGACUGGAGACUGCUUCUGGUGCAGACUCAAUAAAGUUUUUGGGCUGAA